AUGGGAGAGGCAAUCGAAUUCACAAAAACUGUCACGCAAGCAACAUGCUUCAUCGCGCCCGUCCGAAGCCAAGAAGGCCUGGAAACCACAAAAACCCUCUUCAAGAUCUACGCCGAGUCUCUAGGCCUAGAUCUCACAUUCCAAGACUUCGCAUCAGAAAUGGCCAACAUGCCCGGCAAAUACGCUCCACCAGAAGGAGCAAUCUUUCUAGCCCACAACUCAGAAGACGAAGUCGUCGGCUGCGUCGCACUCAGACCACUACCUUCCGCCGGAACAGGAUGCUGCGAGAUGAAACGACUCUACGUCGAUCCCAAAGGUCGAGGAAUGGGCAUUGGAAAAGCUUUGGCCGAGACGGCGAUUUCUGAGGCAAAACGACUGGGAUAUGAACAUGUUGUGCUGGACACGCUCGCGGAUAUGAUGAGUGCGAGGAAGCUUUAUAGAUUGCUUGGAUUCGUGGAGGUGGAAGCCUACUAUGAGAAUCCGAUUGAGGGUGUGAUGUAUAUGCAAUUGGAUCUUUGA